UUCUUUUUUACGCAAGGUUAUACUCUUUGAAACCUUCUUUAAAGACCGCGAAUAUCAUUUAAACUAAUAUAAUAAUGGCUAAUCAAAUUAUUGUCGUUGGCGGUGGUCUUUCUGGACUUUCCGCCGCUCAUACAGUCUUGGAACAUGGUGCUAAUGUUCUUGUUAUUGAUAAGAACUCUUUCUUUGGUGGUAAUUCUACCAAGGCUACCUCUGGUAUUAACGGUGCUCUAACCAAAACUCAAAUAGCUCUUGGUAUUAAAGACUCUGCCGCUUUAUUUCAGGAGGAUACAACGCGCUCAGCUCGGGAUCUUGCUCGACCUGACCUUAUUAAAGUUCUUACAGGAAAUUCUGCUUCUGCCGUCGAAUGGCUCCAAGAUAAAUUCAAUUUGGACCUUUCUCUUGUUUCACGGUUAGGUGGACACUCUCAACCUCGUACACAUCGUGGAAAGGAGAUGUUUCCUGGUAUGACAAUUACAUAUGCUUUGAUGGAACGUCUCGAAGAUAUUGCUGAAAACCAGCCAAAUCGCGCACGUAUCAUCAAGAAAGCGCGUGUAACAAAUUUGAUCAAAGAAGGUGAAGAAGUUAUUGGUGUAGAAUACGAAAAGGACGGUCAAACAUUAAAAGAAUACGGUCCCGUGGUUUUGGCUACUGGCGGUUAUGCAGCUGAUUUCACGGAAAAUUCGUUACUUAAAAAAUAUCGACCAGAUAUUUAUGAUUUACCUACCACUAAUGGAGAUCAUUGUACCGGAGAUGGUCAUAAAAUGGUUUUGGCUAUUGGCGGCAAAGCUAUUGAUCUUGAAAAAGUUCAAGUACAUCCGACUGGUCUUGUUGAUCCUAAAGAUCCAAAUUCUAAAAUUAAAUUUUUGGCCGCUGAAGCACUUCGAGGUGUUGGAGGUUUGUUAUUAAACGCAGAAGGAAAACGAUUCUGUGAUGAAUUAGGACAUCGUGACUAUGUUACCGGUGAAAUUUGGAAAACAAAAGGCCCAGUUAGACUUGUGCUCAAUAGUAAAGCUUCAAAAGAGAUUGAAUGGCAUUGUAAACAUUAUGCUGGACGUGGAUUAAUGAAAAAAAUUAAUUCCGGUGAAGAAUUGGCAAAAGAAAUUGGCGUCUCCGUAUCACAAUUAAAAGCAACUUUUGAUGAUUACAAUGAUAUCGCUUCUGGUAAAAAGAAAGAUCCAUAUGGGAAGAAAUUCUUUCAAAACGCGCCAUUGUCAAUUAAUGACAAUUUCCACGUUUCUUUAAUGUCACCAGUUUUACAUUACACUAUGGGAGGCGUUGAAGUUACUCCUGAUUCUGAAGUAAAAGAUGUACAAGGAAAAACAAUUCCAGGGCUUUAUGCUUCUGGUGAAAUUGCUGGAGGAGUUCACGGAGCAAAUCGUCUUGGUGGAUCAUCUUUAUUAGGAUGUGUCGUAUUUGGUCGUGUUGCUGGAGAUACUGCAUCACGCCAUUUAUUACAAAAUUUGUCCAGUGCAACUGCUACUCGUCGACUUGGACAAAUUGCUGGUCAAUUGGCUCCUUAUCAAGCCACUGUUAACGUUGAUCCUACAAAUCAAAAAGUACAUUUGGAAAUUUAUUGGGGGCAACAGGGUGGUAAUUCUGUCGCAAAACAAAGUCCUCAACCAUCAGCUGCUAGUAAACCCGAAGAAAAAAAAGCAGCUCCAACAGUUGAGCAGAAAGAAUAUACGAUCGAUGAUGUAGCUAAGCAUAAUACUGAACAAGAUUGUUGGGUCGCUAUAAACGGACGCGUUUUAAAUGUUACAAGUUUUCUCCCAGAUCAUCCUGGCGGUAAACGUAGUAUAUUGCUAUAUGCUGGUAAAGAUGCAAGUGAAGAAUUCAAUAUGUUACAUGAAAAGAAUGUAAUUGAUAAAUAUGCUCCGCAAACUGUUAUUGGUACUUUGAAGAAAUAAGAAUUCUAUAUAAUUAAUUAAUAUUAUAUCUCAUAUCAUUGUAUUGAUUAAAACUUUAGUUAUAAAGAGAUGUAUACAAAAAAAAAGAAUAAUUCAUGUAAUAUAUUUGAGAAAAAAAAAAAAAAUAAUAAUAAUAAAAAU